UUUACAUCCGAUCCCUUCCUCGUAGUCGCAUUACGAUACGCGGCGGAAGAAACGUAACGCACACUGCCUGCAGGACUCGAAUCGCCUCUAAUUUUGCGAGCAACCAGGCGCGAAGCUAAAUUGAAAUUUAUCUAUGCAGCGAUACGAGGUGUCUGUGCAGUGCUGUCGAACAAACGAGCGUAUACAAAUGCGCCUCUAUCCCACGCGCGUUAGAUCCCUUCAAUCUUCGAUUCCCAGAAAAUUGCAUUGCCGAUUAUAUGUGGUGCCAUUGUUGCAAUCCGGCGGACAGUCCGUCGGCGAGACAGCUGCCGAGAUGUGCGUGGAGUAUCAUUGUUAAAACGUGCGUAACGUGCGACGUUACUCUACCUAAUGUGUCGGAAAAAAAUUCAGUUCACCGCGAUAAUGACGAUAACAUCAGAGGAAGGAUAAAAUUUGAGAAUGGGAGGCACAGACUGGAGCGGUUGGUUGCAACGAUGCCGACAGUCCCGGAGGCUCGUUCUCGUCAUCGUCGCCAUCGCACUGCUGCUGGAUAACAUGUUGCUGACGACCGUAGUUCCAAUAAUACCGGAAUUUCUCUACGACAUCAAACACCCUAACGCAACAUUAAGCGAACAUCUGGAAGGAAGCGCAUCUCAUCAAACUACGGUCGUCACCACCACAUCAUCGCCAAUAGGAACGACAACGACAAAAUGCACUUGUGCUCCAAACAUAUCGGUCGCAUCCCCAUUGGAAUUUUUACAUGUUACAACCCCUUCUAUGAAUCUAUCGGAAAUUACCGCAGCCAAUCUUACGUUGCCGGAAGCGAAGGAAAAGGAGCAGAGACAUCGGGAAUUACUGGAAGAGACCGUAGCGGUAGGAAUGAUGUUCGCUUCCAAGGCUUUUGUCCAAUUGUUGGCUAACCCCAUAGUUGGGCCGUUGACCCACAAAAUCGGAUACAGCAUACCUAUGUUUACCGGAUUCAUUAUCAUGUUCCUGUCCACGCUGAUUUUUGCUUUCGGACGAAGCUACGGUAUACUUUUUCUGGCGCGAGCUCUUCAGGGUAUCGGCUCAUCGUGCUCUAGCGUUUCCGGUAUGGGUAUGUUAGCGGAGAGAUAUCAGGAUGACAAAGAACGCGGUAACGCGAUGGGUAUCGCGCUGGGCGGGCUGGCCCUUGGCGUCCUUAUCGGCCCUCCAUUCGGCGGAGUAAUGUACGAAUUUGUAGGAAAAUCCGCCCCGUUUUUAAUCCUUUCCGCGUUAGCCCUUGGCGAUGGACUAUUGCAGCUUUUGAUGCUCCAACCGUCGGUCGUGUACACGGAAGCGGAACCACCGUCGUUGAAGUCCCUCAUCACCGAUCCCUACAUCGUUUUAGCAGCUGGCGCGAUAACGUUCGCAAAUAUGGGCAUCGCUAUGCUGGAGCCGAGCCUACCUAUCUGGAUGAUGGAUACGAUGGGCGCGAGCCGCUGGAAGCAGGGGGCCACGUUUUUACCGGCCAGCAUCAGUUACCUGAUCGGAACGAAUCUUUUCGGGCCGCUCGGCCACAAAAUGGGCAGAUGGCUAGCGUCCCUGAUAGGACUCGUCGUUAUUGGUAUCUGCUUGCUGUGCAUUCCGCUAGCGAGAAGUAUCGAUCACUUGAUCGUACCGAACGCGGGGCUGGGAUUCGCGAUCGGGAUGGUGGACAGCUCGAUGAUGCCCGAGCUGGGAUAUUUGGUUGACAUAAGGCACACCGCUGUUUACGGAAGCGUUUACGCCAUCGGCGACGUGGCAUUCUGUCUUGGCUUUGCUAUAGGUCCAGCGUUGAGCGGAACUCUGGUCAACACCAUUGGCUUCGAAUGGAUGCUUUUCGGCAUAGCUAUGUUAAAUUUCAUUUACGCACCUCUCAUGUACUUCCUAAGGGCGCCGCCCACCAAGGAAGAGAAAAAGUCGUUAAUAAUUGGCGAAAAAUCGUCCGUGCGUUAUGUCACCUACCAGAAUGAGGAAGAGGACCAGUAAAAUAAUAAUUCUAAGGCAUUCUCGAUACGAUUAGUAGGACGCAUAUUCUCUCUUUCCUUUUUUUUUCCUAACAUAAUUAAAAAUAUGUUAUAUAAAAAUAGAGGUUUGUGUCAAGUAAAAUUUUAUGUUUUGUGUUACGUUAAUUUCUAUGUGUAUUUUAAUUUUCAUAAUAAUCUUCAUGUACUGAAAGACAAUAACAUAUUGUUCUUCCUUUCUUUCACGUUUCCUAUUUAGUAUUAUUAUCGAAGUAUUAGUGUUCUGUUCUCCUGUUUUUGAUAAAUGAUAGAAAGCUAUACACAAACAGCGACAAUAAGCGCAACUGUUGACAUGCACUUGAUAACAUUUGGAAAACUUAACGUGUAAAUGUUGAAAAUUAUUAGUAACCGAGUAAAGUUUUUCCUAGUAGGUAGUUGAAAAUUUUUUUUGAAAGGAAAAAGACGAACGAUCUUUCAGGAUAGAUUUCGGAGAAGUCGCACAACAUCACACUCUUGGUAUCUUGUAAAAGUAAUAUAUUCUAUAAGCAGGUCGCGUGUACGCUAUAAACGUCUGAGAACUCGGGAGAUCUCGCAUUCUCGAAUAUUUACGGAUGGAAGUAACCGUGACGAGGGUUGACACGUUGUGAAAUGUCUUUCUGUGUAUUCUGCAUCAUCGAUAUUAUUGUUACACGCAUAUCGUAUGUGACAGACGAGUAACGGUAGACUAAAGCCUAAAGUAACGCCAAAAGUCGCGGUAACAAAAAAAAAUCCAAAAAAAGCUCGUUAUACCGUAGCAUGCGAUAGCAAAAGAUAUAUAACAUAAAAAAAAUAUAUAUAUAUUCGUUAGACGUGUUUCAUGAUAUUACAUGAAAAAAAAGAGCAAGCACACGAUGCAAAAAGUUAUCUUUAAAUGUAAAGGCUUAAAUUCAGGAUGCAUAUUAUACACAAUGCCCGUUGUAAAAAAUAAGUGCAUGGAAAAAUGUCGAAGGCAUGACUCUACUGAGGAAAUUAGGAGAUACGUAUUUAACGGUUACGAGAUGGAGAUAAAAUAUAACAUGGGUAAACGAGGCAGGACGGGAUACGAUAUCGCGUGAUCGGUAUAUCGGUGCUCCCGGUGUGUCACUUCGUGUUAAUAAAUUGUACAUUAUACAACGAAAUUUACAGUCCAACGAAGAAGAACCGCCCGAUUUGGUUUCCCUGAAUGGCUGCAGGGAAACCGACGAUACAAGUACGGUCGGGUGUUUUAAAGGGUUCUUCGUUAAUCAUAUACGACGCGGCCACGAUUAUGGAUCUUGUAUUUUCGUCGCGAGAACGACGCGACUUUUUACACGAAGUAGUUCUCUGGCGCAUACGAUUUACCGAAGCUCGCUGAUCUCAUCGCCGCUAGAUGAAACGAAAGAGGACAAAACGUGAGAAAGGGAGAGAACGUUCGAAUUUGCCGCAAAUCCCGGCGUUUCUCCGUAAAUUCUUCGAGAUUAAUUUCCGUUUUCCAUCGAUUACAACGCAUGCACGAAAGAAUGUACAGAGAAUGCCGCGAGAUUUGACGGGACAGAGAAAGUAUCUAAACUUAUAUCAGAAAAAAUAAUGCAGAGAGAGAGAGAGAGAGAGAGAGAGAGAGAGAGAGAGAAAGAGAGUGAGUGAGUGAGUGAAUAAAUGACGAAUGAAUAAUGAGCGAAUUUGUGAGCGAAUGAGUGAGCGAGUGAGUGCGAGUGAGUAGACUAAAAUAAGAUAGAGACGAGGCACGAAGCGUUCGCGGGAUUUGCGAAUUACAUGAUAAACUUUAUGAGGAUUCGCCGCGGGAAACUCUAGCUGCGACGAUUUAUUUGUCUCGCGAUCCGGACAGACGGUAAAAGUCUCGUGAUCUGCCGACGGGGCCCCGCAAAAUAGAACACGUUCGUAGAAGCAAUAUAGAAAGUAGCGUAGCAAUAUAUUAUCCGUAUGUGAAACGACGUAUACCUAUAUAUAUAUACGAAGUCUAUAAUACGUGUGCCACUCUAUAUAUACGUGACGUAAUCUCUGUGUUAACUUAACUUGAAGAACAAAAAAAAAUGGUCGUGUAUUUAUUACGUAUCGGCGUCUCGUUGCUAUAUUCGUGUACUACGUAUAUGAGAGAGAAAAGUAUAAUACUUGUUGAGAUCCUAAGCUACUAGAUCCGAUAUUUGCAGUCCGAGGCAGUGAUACAGUUCUCGAUAUAGCCACAAAAAAAUCAAAAAUAAAAAGUAAAAAGAUGUACGUGAUUUAGAACGUAGUGCGUUUCGCUUAUUGAAGUCGUUACCAUCUCUAUAAUUGCGAGCACAUUGCUUAUAACAAGCUUUGUAACGCUGCGAAAGCGUAAUAUUAUAUAUCUAUACAGGGAUAUAACUUAAAACUUAUAGAGUCUCUUCAUUAGCGCCGUGUCGGCAUGUUUCUUGGUGUCCCGUGCCAAAUCUUGUUCGUGUAGUUAAACAAAGAUGAAUAAGCGGGGCCCGUGAGAGACGCACAUCCGAGACGAACGAUUGCACGUGACUGUAUUACGGUAUUAGACUACAGCUUUCCACUGCGGAUUCCGGAACACACAAGGUGCGUGAGAUUCCGCGCGCCUACUCCCGGUACGAAACGCGAGUCAAUUCGAUUCGCGAAUUCUUUGCCAACGCUCGCCUCGUCGACGUACAUAUAUAUUUAAAAAUAUCUAUGAAAAUUUAUGCGAGAAGAAAGACGCGGUAAAAGUACAGAAGAUGAGAAAGACGGAGAAAUGUAGAAAUAAAAUGAUGUAAAAAAAAAGGGCGAGACGAAAACAUGACGAUUUUUCGAGCCGUGCAUAAAGAUUCAGAUUCGUUAAAUAUUUUCUCCUUGAUUCUCGAUUAAUUUUGCAUUGCAAUCAUUUUUAUCCAGAUUAUCAAUAUUUCGUCCCGCCAUCGUAUUUUUGGCGCGACCGUGUUGUUACAUUACUAUUCCCGCUUUAAUAAUAAUAGUAAUAACGAUGAGCAAUAGUAUCCUCUAUCAUUGCGAUUCGAUGUUAUUACGUGAGCUACUGUACUAUAUCACACAUAACUAUAUCGCACAAUAUAUUUGAUCGAUCUUUCCCUUAAAUGUAAAUAUAUAGCGAAACUAAUUAACGUUGAACGUUGUCGCCGCUGAGAUACCUUAAAGGAUGUUGUAACGCCGAUUUCUUGUAAUUUCGGUAGACCCUCAUUUUCGAUUUACUCUCGCUCGCGAUGUCUCUGUAUGUAUAUGUAUGUACGUGCGUGAAAAAGAGAGAAAGAGAGAGAGAGAGAGACGCAUUCAGUUAUCAUUAUUUAAAUAUUUAAAUUAUAUUUAAAUCAUAAAUUUUAUAGACAUAUGUACGAGAGAAUUAUUUGCUCACGAGUAAAAAUUACAUUAUCUAACGAAAAUUGUUUAAAAACACCAAAAGUGAAGACGAAAUGUGAGUCUCAGAUUUUAUCGCAAAGUCACUGAAGUCUGCGUUUUUAUUUAUUUUACUACAGUUUGGGCAUAUGAAAUGUAUAUUUUAUUAUGAUCGUACGCAUUAAUCUCUUGCGUUGGAAUUCAGUGGAUAAUUAUACAGGUAUAUCUAAAUUACGUGUGUAAAUUUUCAAUUGAUACAGCGAAGAUUUGCUCUGAUAAACAUAUGACUAUAUACAUCUCUUCGCGCAGCUUUAGACUUUUACUGCGCCGAUAAUUCAGUAAAUUAAAUAGUGAUAUAUGUUCGCGAGUGUUCCUCUGUGUAGGUAUAUAUGAUAUAUAAUUCAUAUCAAUUCUUCUGUGAGUGAUAAAUUUAUUUGAAACAUAAUUCGGUGAACGCAAUUUUCGUGCCAACUUAAUAAUUAUUACAAUGCAGCGUAAUUCAAGUUCAUUAUUAGUAAUACAUUAGUAACGAUUGUUGCAAUGGACCUGGCUAAUUCCAACGGAAGAGAUUAAAUCAUUACGAAAAAUUUUCUCUUUCAAUAACACUCACGAAUCCGCCCUUUAAACGGGAGCUUUAAACGGGAAGCAGCAUCCUUGAAUGCGCGAGUUGUAUGUCGAGGACGUAGCGAGCUGUGCAUAGGGAGUCGUUUCUUGUCGGAGGAAGUGCGCGACGAUUAUUACGAUUAUUUGUGUAAGUCCUCUCAUGUAACCUAGCCAGUCCGUAUCCCGGCUCGGCCGGUCACCGGUCGAGGCUUCAUUGUACGAAUUGCAAAUGCAAUCAACGUGACUGUGUUAAUCGAAGCGAGUCGCAAAAGGAGACGCGUGCCGCGCGCACUGCGCUUCCUCGGUCGCGCGACACAUGCUCCCAUAGGCAGAUGCAAAAUAACGUGUAUAUUACGAUACCAGUUGCACGCAAUUAUUACCUUUUGACAAACGUAUCGCGCUCAAGAUUUCGAUAUCGCGGAAAGCGCGACGGAAUUCGUAGUUAUCAAUCCCCAUACCGAAGAAUUUUGCAAAGAAUGGGCAGAUUAGAGAAUAUUGCGAUAGGACUUUGUUCUUUUUUUUCGUAUGGCCAUAACUUUCCAAUUCUUUCAUUCAGGAAUGGAUACAGAAAUUCUUCUAAUUCCGCUUGAUUUUCCUAUUAAUUAAAUUUAAUUAUACAUUACAAAUUUUUGUUUGUUCGACAACGUACGUUACAUGCUUAGAUAUAGUGCUUUACCAGUCUUAUUUUACACAGAAGGAAUUGGAGAAGUUAUAUUUGACUAUUUGCGAAAAAUAAACGAUAUUAACGAUAAAAAAUAAUUAAAUAAAACAAAGAUGUAAAAAAUUCUAUCGAUUUAAAUUGAUUCUAGUUCCGGAAGCGUGGAAUUCAAUUUUUGAACGCGACAGAAUAAAUUCCUAUCAAUUUCUCUCAAUCCGCCUAUUUUUUUUGCAAGGAAUGCAUAUAACAGUGCACAGAUAAUGGCGAAAGGAUAAAACUUCAUAAAAAUGAAAUGAUGCGUUCAAGUUUCAUAAAUGUGCGUUCGAAAAUUGCAAGUAUCACCAUACGUUAUUCGUAAUGCCAUCGUCCACAACGAUGCUUCCGCAUUGGGUUUAUAUUAAGAGAAAGGAAUAGAAGAAAAAAAAAAGAAAGCGAAUUAGCGGAUUAUUCGUUGGCGGCUGCUAUUGUGAACAGACAAUAAGCAAUGUGAAAAAAAAUGUGCAAAACCUUCCCCCACAUUCGAUACGAAAGCUCGAUCGAUCGUUGUCUCGUUAUAUAUAGGAAAUGGCAAACGACAUUGGCGAAUAUCGAUCGACGAUAAUGACACGUAGGUAAAAUAAAAUAAAUCAACGAAAUAAAAAAUGGGUUCGCACCGGUCUGAAUCUCGAAUAUCAACAGCGACGAAAAUUUCUCUCUCCGUUAGGAAGGUAUUGGACGACGCUUGUCUAUGUAUUAUCGUUAUACUAUAGUUUUUCGGCAGUAAAGUUUGUCGUAAAAGUCGCAGUCUGUAUAAGGUACCUAUUUAACGUCGUACCGUUAAUUAUCGUAGAUAUCUAACAAGAGCUGGUGUAUGGGUCCGAUUUUCAUGCCUGUGUAAUAAUCAAGACAAAAGAAAAAUAAGAAGAAGGAGAGAUUUAACGAGUCAUCUUUAGAGCGUAUUCCUUUGUUUUUAAUAUGUUGUUAUAUCGUGCGGUUUAAAGAAUCGCUAGGAAAGAGAAUGAUAUUAGCGUACGGCUGAGAACCUUCCUCGCGAGCGAAGGGAGGUCCGGGAGCGGAGAUUGAGACGAAGGAGGGGAAGGAGGACCGCACUUGUUUGUAUAUUUUUUUACGUGUGUUUACGUGUAUUAAACGCCGGCCCGGAGAAUCGCCAGAUUUCGCUGCGAGAUUGUUGUGACUUGAAUCGUUGACGCUUGUAUGUAUACGGGGAUACGUGAUGCCAUUGUGCAAAAUUGCAAACGACUUCUCCAUGUAAACGCUAAAGAAGGUUGCUGAAUAAAUAUACGGUUACAUUCGAGAUACAUUAUAUCAUUGACGGAUUGAUCGAUACGAAUUAAUGAUGUGGAAAUGUCCACGGUAGAGAGCAGUAACGAAACUCGUUGUAAGCUAUUUAAUGUUUAUUCCGACGUAUAUAUGUGUCUAACGUGUUUAUGUGUACAUGAGAAAAUAUGCUGUAUCGAAUAAAUGAGCUAAAUGACCUCUAA